AGCUAUAGCUGACUUGAUUGAUUCCCUGGUAUUUGUGAUUAUCUCACACCCUGAUUCCAUUCCAUCUCCUUAUCUCAACCGGUUUCCAGACUUGGGUAUAUAAGAAUCUUUAAGGUGCAAUGGCAGUUACUACCAAACAGAUGUCUUUGCUUGUUGGAACCCUUGGGAUUUUGUCUUUCGUGUUUGGUGUUAUUGCUGAAAACAAAAAGCCCGCAUCUGGAACCCCGAUCACAGGGAAGGAUGUCAUUAUCUGCAAGUAUCCAGCUGAUCCCACUGUGGCUUUGGGAUAUUUGUCAUUUGGGUUUCUUGUUGCAUCUACUUUGGCUGGAGGAUCAUCGUUGUUUUAUCCCUACAAAGGGAAGUCUGUUCCACGGGAGGCAUUGUUCAAAAGCACCAGUUUCUUUGUAUUCUUCCUGAUUGCUUUGGGUUCGACUGGACUAGCAGCAACAAUGCUUUUAUGGCCAACAAUUACUGAGCACAAACACCUUGUCAGCAAUGUCCAUUACAACCUUGAAACAACUUGCCCUACAGCAAAAACUGGAUUGCUUGGUGGUGGUGCAUUUCUAGCUCUUGAUGCAGCUCUCUUCUGGUUGGUUUCCCUCAUGCUGGCUGAUAAUGCAAGAGAGGACUACUUUGAUGAUGUUAAAGGUGCCGGCAGUGAUCCAAUCUCCACUGAAUAUGAUGGCGAUGGUGUCAUCAAGGGCAAUGCUUAGCAAUAAUUUGGGUUUUCUUAAUUUUAUUUAUCAGUCUUUAUGCAUUCAAACUGGAGUCACAUUAUAAAAUUCCAAGUAUGGUGGUCUGAAUCAAUCAAAACGUGUAAAUAUGCUCUAUCUUAUAUUGGUGAAAAACAUGUUUAAUUUAUGAUAAUCAAGUUGUUUUACA